GCCGUGGGCGGGUGGUGCGGCGCUUCCCCGGGCAGCCGGCCGGACGCUGUGCUGCUGCUCCCGGCUCGGGCCCUGCGCGGGCUGUGCCUGCGGCUGCCUGGCCCCGGCUACCGCCGCCCUGAGCGUCUUUGGUGGGGGCCGGUAGCGCGGCUCCCAUUAUGGUCAGCCAUGGCGUGGCUAGCGGGCGGGAUGGCGGAGUUGCGCUGGUGUGCACUGGUCGCCCUCUUCGUGGCGGCGCUGGCCACCCUGGCCGUCUACCUGGUGCAAUAUGCGCUGCUGGCCCUGCGGCGGAGCCGGCCGCCGCCUCGGCCACUGCCUCCGCCGCCGCCGCAGCGGGACGAGCUGCUGGAGGAGAGUGAUUCGGUGCUGGCGUGGGCGCUGUCGCUGGGCAGCUGGCGGCGACAGUGGCGACGGGCCUGGGUGACGGCGCUCAAUGCCGAGGCGGCGGCGCGGGCGGAUUCACAGUUGCUUACGUUUGAGGAAGAUGACCCACCAGAAUCACUUGAACUAGCAGUGAAGCAAGUUGUUAGUGUUGUAAAGUCAGCUCAAGAGAAGGUCGUUUCCUGCAAUGUUGUGGGAGAUUCUGUUAAAUUUGUUGUCACUGUCUCUUCAACCUCAGCUGCAGAAGGUCAGUCGUACAGCGUGAAACUGUCUCCAGUUCAUUUGCAGCUUCAGCUCUGCGUGAAAGACAAAGGAGAAGAUGUCAAAGUUGAGUGGCUCCUCAUUAAUGCCGAUGAAACUAACUUUGAAAUCCAGCCAACAGAUCAGGAGGGGCAGACAGCAGGGACAUGUGCAAUAUCUGAAACGCUUAGAGAUGUUUUGAAGAACCUCUUUAGCUCAGUUUCUCCAUCUGUAGUGUUGAGUACGAGACCUACAGAUAUAAAGGAAGUUCAGAAUGUACAGAACUUAAGCCUUCUUCCUCAGGGCACUAGUCCACCUAAACCUCCAAGGGCUCAUGAACUCAAACUGCUGGUGAAGAACAUCGCGGUAAACCUAACUGAUCACAGUGCUGCAGGCAGCACAAACCUUGUGUGUAUAGUUCAGUUGAAUGACCCUAUGCAGAAGUUUUCCAGCUCUGUAGCCAAAAAUGCUGUAAAUCCCUUUUGGAAGGAAGAGUUUAUCUUUGAACUAAGUGCCAAAUCAAAAGUGUUGCAGCUGCAAAUAGUAGAAGAUGGAAAGUUGGAUAAUCCUUUGUCUGCAAAGGUGACCGUACCUCUAGACUUGUUCAGGAAACAACCUUCUGGACAGCAAAGCUUUGCACUGAACAGCUCCAGUGAAAGCAGCCCAGAGCCAGGGCCUGGGCUGGGAUCCAUUAGUGCAGAGUUCUCUUUUAUAGAACCUGGUGAAUUGAAAACGUGGCAAGUCUCUUCUUCAGUGCCAGCCACUAAAAUAGAAAUGGAUCGCACUGUGAUGCCCUGUGGGACUGUGGUCACUACUGUAACUGCUGUGAAAACCAAACCUCGUCUAGAAGGGAGGUCCUCUCCACUGAGCACUGAUUCUCCUGUGAAAACUCCAGUUAAAGUAAAGGUGAUUGAAAAGGAUGUCUCUGUUCAACCUAUCCACUCUCAUGGUGCUCCAGUCAGCAAAACUUUAUCAUCUUCAGAUACAGAACUGCUGGUACUGAAUGGCACCGAUCCUGUUGCAGAAGCAGCCAUUCGGCAGCUGAGUGAGUCUGCAAAGCAGAAGCUGAAGUCUCCUAGAAAGAAAAGCACCAUUAUCAUAUCAGGGGUGUCCAAGACCUCUUUAACUCAGGACAGCGAAGCUGCACUGAUGAUGGACUAUGCUGCAGCCAUGGACAACUCCUGCAAAGUAGAUCCACCAACUGUGGAGAAAUCUGUUGCAAAAGUAACCUCUGAUGAAGAGUUAUCAUUAGGUACUUCAGAAAUUGUACCUGAUAGUGACCCACAGCAAAGUGUCCAUAAGGCUUGGAAUUUGGAGAAUGGCAGCCAACAGUGGGAUACCAACACAUUCUUAGACCAGACUUGUGAUGAAAUAUCUUGCAGCUCAUUAAGUGUUUCAGAAACUGGGAGCAUGAAAAAGUCUAAAGGUGGGAUUUUGAGAAAGAGUGCAAAGCUGUUUUUCCGCCGGCGGCAUCAUCAGAAGGAUCCAGGCAUGAGUCAGUCCCACAAUGAUCUUGUCUACUUACAGCAGCCACUGUCAGAAGAAACACGCAAGAAAGGAGGCACGCUCUCUCGUAUUCUGAGCAGGAAGCUCCUUUCCAAACACAAAAGCAAGAGCAAACUGAAUGGUGCUUCAGCAGAACCCUACCUAUAGUCCGGAACACUCUCUCAUGGGACCCUUGCACAUCAGUUGACCAUUUGUUUACAGAGCAAUAGUAAAGAAUGCAAAUAUGGCUGAUGACAUGCAUAAAAUGAUGUUCACUUACACAAUGGUCUGGGAAUAAAUACAAAGCUUGGGGUUUCUUGUUUAUUUUUCCAGAAUGCUUUUUCUCUCCGAUUAUAAAGUUGCUCCUCCACAUACAAACCAUGCUACUUGUAUCAUGACAGCUUUUGGAGGAUCAUGUGGUGUAUUGUAGAAGAUGAGAGAGGAUGGGGAAUGGUGCAGGUGGGAGGACCUGCAUAUAGGCACGUGGUUUACAUUAAUGGGGAGCUAAGAGCUGAAAGAUCGUAUUUGCUAUAUGGCUGAACCACUAUAAGGAGAGAAGAUACCACUGUGCUGCCUUGCUGCAGGCUGGAAUAGUAGCAACACAACUCUCGACUUGUUUUUCUAAAGAGGCUGAAAGGGAAAAGAGGCCCAGAUCCAGUUUGUAUUGUAAUUUGGAAAUGGGUAAGUCUUCAGAAGCAGAACUAAAAUGCUGAUUAAGAUAGCCUAAUGUAAUAACUGUAGCCUGCUGAAAUAACUGCUCAGUCCAUGUAGGUGCAGAGAUGCCUUUCAUAUUAGCCAUGAAUCAAUAAAUUAUGCAAAUGUGUAUACUAGCAUAUUGUUUAAUGUUUUGUGCAUAAGUUAUGUUUAAAGAGACAUAACUUUUUUUAACGUUCAUCUGUGUCUACUUGCAAAGAAAACAUUCACAAAUUUCUUACAUGUGGAUUUUCUUCCCUGUGUAAGAAGCUGUGCUGCUAAUGCAAAAACCUGUCUUAGGGGCUCUAAUUUCUUUUCCCAAGUACUGGUUAGACAAGUAUAUUGUGCAUCACAUCAAAUGCGAGGCUAGGAGCAAUAAGUGAUGAAUAGAUCAUAUUUAAUCCUAUAAUGCUUUUAAUUAGUUUGUUUUACUUGCCAAACACUUACUGAGAUCUUAAAAAAGACAAUUGUGAUUUUUCUUUAAAAAUAAUAAUAUUAAUAAU